CUAUUGUGGAUGAUGAAAGGCUUUCAGCAGAGGAAAUGGAUGAGAGGAGGCGUCAGAACAUUGCUUAUGAGUAUUUAUGCCACCUAGAGGAAGCAAAAAGGUGGAUGGAAGUCUGUUUGCGUGAAGAACUGCCCCCCACUACUGAGCUGGAAGAAGGGUUAAGAAAUGGAGUUUACCUUGCCAAACUAGCCAAAUUCUUUGCCCCAAAUCUGGUUUCGGAGAAGAAAAUCUAUGAUGUGGAACAGACUCGUUAUCAGAAAUCAGGACUUCAUUUUCGACACACAGAUAAUACUGUGCAGUGGCUAAGAGCAAUGGAAUCCAUUGGUCUACCAAAGAUCUUUUAUCCAGAAACUACGGAUGUCUACGAUAGGAAAAAUAUACCUAGAAUGAUAUACUGCGUUCAUGCACUAAGUUUAUACCUGUUCAAACUAGGAAUAGCACCACAGAUCCAGGAUCUACUAGGAAAAGUAGACUUUACAGAGGAAGAAAUCAGCAACAUGCGAAAGGAGCUGGAGAAGUAUGGUAUACAGAUGCCAUCUUUUAGUAAAAUUGGUGGGAUUCUUGCCAGUGAAUUAUCUGUGGAUGAAGCAGCAUUGCAUGCUGCAGUAAUUGCAAUUAAUGAAGCUAUUGAGAAGGGAGUAGCAGAUCAAACCAUCAUAACUCUUAGGAAUCCAAAUGCAAUGUUGCUAAAUGUGGAUGAAGAACUUGCACAGCAAUAUCAGACAGAACUCCUGGAAGCUAAAAAGAGAAAAGAGGAAAAUGCAAGAUUGAAGAAUGGCACAAUUUCAGAAGAAGAAAGAGAUGUGUAUGAAGAACUGCUCACACAAGCAGAGAUCCAAGGCAAUAUCAACAAGAUCAACAUUCACAUGGCUUUAGUCCAAGUGAAUGAGGCUAUUGACAGGCAAGAUGAAAUGGCACUGAUGGCAGGUUUGAACCACCCUGCUUUGAGCUUACUUGAAGUUCUGCUGCAAAAUUCCUCAUGGUACCUAGUCCAAUUGUGUGAUUCUAAAGAACAGAGAAUGCAGAUAGCAGGGGUUCCAAUUAUGCUCGACAAAAGUGAAAUACAGAAAGACGUUAGUGUGGCCAAUGUGGAGGCUGAGGCUCACAAGCUUAAACUUAUAGCAGUUGACAAUAUCAAUACUGCGAUUCGUAAUUGUGAACCUAGUAAGACACUGGUUGCACUGAUGAAACCGGAGGCUCAGUUACCUGUUGUGCACUCAUUUGCUGCUGCUGUCUAUCAGGCUGAACUGUUCAACCUUCAACAACAGAAUGCUGUGAAUUACCUGGCACAUGAUGAACUGUCAAUUGCUGUAGAUAUGUUGUCAGCUGUUGUGUUGCUAAACCAGGCCUUGGAGAACAAGGACAUCCUGGCAAUAAAGACUCAUCUUGAAUACCCAUCUAUUGGCUUCAAUAACCUGGAGGAGGAAAACCUUCAACGUUAUGCUGACACGUUAUUGUCUAUUAAGUCAGAAGCUUCAUCUCAAGGACAAGAUUAUUUAAGUUGGAAUGAUAUACAGAACUGCAUUGACAUGGUUAAUAUGCAAAUUCAGGAAGAAAAUGAAAGAAUUGUUGCAGUUGGCCACAUUAACGAAGCUAUUGAUCAGGGGGAUCCUGAGAAAACUGUAGAAACAUUGCUGCUGCCUACAGCCAAACUGCAAGAUGUGAAACCAACAAAUGCGAGGCAUUAUCAGGAUGUGCUUUACCAUGCCAAAGCACAGAAAUGCAAGGAAACCUCUGAUGAAUCAGCAGUUCUCUGGCUAGAUGAAAUACAAAAAGGAAUCGAUGAUGGUAAUAAGAAUAUAGAAGAGGCAGAAAACUUGGCUCUUGGAACUUCAGUGAUUAACAAGUGUUUGGAAAAAGGCGAUUCAGAGCCUCUCCUAGCUCUAUUGCAAUCUCCUAAAUAUGGCUUAAGAGUUGUUCCAGAGUGUGCUGAAGCCUAUUACCAGAAACUUUUGGAAGCCAAAAAUUUAAAAACCAAAAAAGAUAUUAAUGAAAGCCCAUGGAUCAAACAAGUAAUGAAUGAUAUAUAUGAUUAUUAUUACAAUGUGGAAACUGGAGAAGGUACCUGUGUUCCAUCUGAAGGAGUUGUACCAAAAACUUCUUGGCUGACCAGUGAUGAAAUCCAGAAAAUUGUUGGGCAAGUUACAGCAGAUUACAAUCGAGAGCAGCUGUGGCUUGCUAAUGAAAACUUGAUUGUUCAGCUACAAGCCCAAGCAAGGGGAUUCCUCAUUAGAAAAAGUUAUAAGGAGAGAAAAACUUACCUCCAAAAUCAGGAGCCAUCUGUCAUCAAAAUACAGGCUUUCUGGAAGGGACACAAGCAAAGGAAGAGCUACACCAACAGAUUACAGGUGCUUAAAGGAGACAUUGCUGCUAUUAUCAAGAUUCAGUCUUGGCUAAAAAUGUGCCUGGCAAGGAAAGCUUAUAGGAAACGGCUGCAGUAUUUCAAGGAUCAUAAUGAAGAAAUUGUAAAAAUACAAGCAUUUCUUAGAGCAAAUAAAGCUAGGGAAGACUACAGAACACUAAUUGGGGCUGAAAAUCCACCCCUCAAUGUCCUACGCAAAUUUGCUUACCUCCUUGACCAAAGUGACUUAGACUUCCAAGAAGAACUGGAAGUAACAAGGUUAAGGGAGGAGGUUGUUACAAAAAUCCGAUCCAAUCAACAGUUGGAAAAAGACUUGAACUUGAUGGAUAUAAAAAUUGGACUGCUGGUGAAAAACAGGAUCACUCUGCAGGAUGUGGUGUUGCACAGUAAGAAGCUAAACAAAAAAAGCAAAAAUCAGGUAGAAGAGAUGGUGACAGGUGACAAACAUGGUAUCAAAGGGUUGAACAAAGAGAGGAGAAAAAAGCUGGAGGCCUAUCAACACUUGUUUUAUCUUCUACAGACUAAUCCCACAUAUCUGGCUAAGCUAAUUUUCCAGAUGCCUCAGAACAAGUCAACCAAGUUUAUGGAUACGGUCAUUUUUACUCUGUACAAUUAUGCCUCUAAUCAACGAGAAGAAUACUUGCUUCUCAAGCUCUUUAAAACUGCUCUAGAAGAAGAGAUAAAUUCCAAAGUAGACCACAUACAGGAUAUAGUAACUGGAAAUCCUACGGUCAUUAAGAUGGUUGUCAGCUUUAACAGAAGUGCUCGUGGACAGAAUACUCUGCGUCAGCUUUUGGCACCAGUGGUAAAGGAAAUCAUGGAUGAUAAAUCUCUCGUCAUCAAUACCAGCCCUGUGGAAGUAUACAAGGCUUGGGUAAACCAGUUAGAAAUGCAGACAGGGGAGGCCAGCAAGCUGCCAUAUGAUGUAACAACAGAACAAGCAUUAACACACCCAGAAGUUAUAAAUAGACUGGAAUCAUCCAUUCAGAGUUUGAGAGCAGUUACUGAUAAAGUCCUUGUGUCCAUAUUCUCAUCUCUCAAUCUGAUGCCUUAUGGAAUGAGGUAUAUAGCCAAAGUUCUGAAGAAUUCGCUCCAUGAGAGGUUCCCAGAUGCAACAGAAGAUGAGCUAUUAAAGAUUGUUGGAAACCUCUUGUACUAUCGCUACAUGAACCCAGCCAUUGUUGCCCCUGAUGGUUUUGAUAUCAUUGACAUGACUGCUGGAGGCCAAAUACAUUCUGAUCAGAGGAGAAAUUUAGGUUGUGUGGCAAAAGUCCUUCAGCAUGCUGCUUCUAACAAACUCUUUGAAGGAGAGAGUGCCCAUCUUUCAUCUAUGAAUGCUUACCUGUCACAGACUUACCAGAAGUUCAGAAACUUUUUUCAGGCUGCAUGUGAGGUCCCUGAGCCAGAAGAGAAAUUCAAUGUUGAUGAGUACUCUGACAUGGUGACAUUGAGCAAACCUGUCAUAUACAUUUCCAUCGAAGAAAUUAUCAAUACACAUUCUCUACUAUUAGAACACCAGGAUGCCAUUGCUUCUGACCAGAAUGACCUACUAAAUGAAUUGUUGGAGGGGCUGGGACCAGUUCCUGAUGUAGAGUCUUUUCUUGGGGAAGGCACUGUUGAUCCCAAUGAUCUUAACAAGGAAAAUGCUUUGAGUCAGCUUGCAAAGACAGAAAUUUCACUUUCUCUGACCAGUAAAUACGAAUUACGGGAAGGAGAAGACCAAGAUCUCAAAAGUCUGAUGAUAAAGACAAAGAGACUUAUAGUUGAUGUGAUACGAGCCCAACCUGGGGAUACACUCUUAGAAAUCCUAGAAACACCCGCAUCUGGACAGCAGGAAUCCGAGCACUCAAAACUUGUGAAGCAACGUGCCAUCUUGGAUUCCAAAACACCAGAGAAAAUGAAACAUAGUCAGUCUGUUUUUGAGGACGGACAGUUACCUUUGGAGCAAAAGAAAAGGAAAAUUCAGAGAAAUCUUCGGACAUUAGAACAGGCUGGAUUAGUGUCUUCGGCGACUAAAUACCAGGAAAUCAUUAAUGAUAUUGCUAAGGAUAUCCGAAAUCAAAGAAGAUACCGACAUCACAGAAAAGCUGAAUUGAUGAAACUCCAACAGACUCUGAAUGCACUAAACUCCAAGACAGCAUUUUAUGAAGAACAAAUAAAUUAUUACAACACCUAUAUAAAAACCUGUUUAGACAACUUAACACGAAAAAAUUCACGCAGGUCAAUUAAAAUAGAUGGAAAAGAGGAGGAUAAAGGGAGCAGAAAACUUAAGCACACAUCACUAAAAUACACCGCAGCAAGACUACAUGAAAAGGGGGUCAUCCUAGAAAUUGAAGAUCUUCAGACUAACCAGUUUAAGAAUGUUAUGUUUGAUAUCACACCUGGUGAAGAAGUAGGUGAUUUUGAAAUCAAAGCAAAAUUCUUGGGGGUUGAGAUGGAGAAAGUGCAACUGCAUUUCCAGGAUUUGCUUCAGAUGCAGUAUGAAGGUGUGGCUGUAAUGAAAAUGUUUGAUAAAGCUAAAGUGAAUGUAAACUUGCUUAUAUUCCUGUUGAAUAAGAAAUUCUAUGGAAAAUGAGGACUUCAGAUUUCAUGGACUGUGCAUCUAAUCAAUGGGAAGUCUUUUCAGUAUUUUUGCUUUUAAACAUGUUUGAAGUUACUAUCAUUGGACACUCUUUUUGACAUCGAAAAGACUAAACUGUUCAAAGGAACAUGCUGAUGUGCCUUUUUCAUCAUUUGGUAAUGAAGUAGUAAAGUAGAAAUCAGAUUAAUGUAAACACUUCUUCAGAUUUUACUGGUCUUGGUACUUUCAAAUCAAAGUAUAUCUGCUUAGAGACACUCAGUUAAUGGGGGUGAAUGGAUUUUUGCGGUAGGCAAAAGAUAAAUUUAGCUGAAUGGAAUAAAUAUAUAAACCUCUUCCUAUUAAAACCUAUAUUUUUAAAAUGACCUCAGAUACAUAAUAUAGUUCUUAUUAGACUUGUGAAGUAUUCACUGAAAGAAAUCGUAAUUAUUUGUUUUUAUGGGAUAGUUUGGGAAAAUAUUUACUUACAAUGCUAAGCCUAUUUUCUGGCAAUUGUCAAUUGUAAAGCAAACUUGUGCAAUUAAGAAGUUUUUAUAGGUAAUUAUAAAGUUACAAUAACAGUUUACUGUACAAAAGUAUAUUUUGAUUAAUUCCUACUAAAUAAAAAUGCACUACUGCCUCAUGGUAAAUUAAAGUUUCUAUUCAUAGCCUUUUAAACGUGGCGAAGGGGCAAUCUGAAUAGUGAUCAGUUGUUGUUCAGUUUGAGGCAUUUGCUUAAUUCAAUUGUGCCUGUCUGUCUUUUGUAAGAAAAAUAAAAUGCAAUAAAUCAGUACUUAGUUUUUAAAUAUAUUCUUUGGAGAUUGUUCUAUGUAAAAUAAAUGUUACUUAAUUACCCUGGUUUUGUUUCUAAAUCAUU